AUCUCUCAAUCAAAACUAUGUACACAAAUAUAAAGAUUCCUCGCCCAUUGUUACUAUCGCCAAAUAUAAUCCGUUUAAAAACUUCCCGCAUAUUUUAACUAACACCCCCAAACGAUAUUUCCACGUCAUUCUAUCCUCCUCCUUCCACCACCGCCAAAUGCUGACGUACACCACCUUAGAUGAGGCGGCGGCCGCACUUGGCCGGAACCUCACAUUUUCUGAGACAUUAUGGUUAAAUUAUUCAGCAAACAAAUCAGAUUACUAUCUAUACUGCCAUAACAUUCUGUUUCUUUUUUUGAUCUUUUCAAUUGUACCUUUACCUGUUGUUCUUAUUGAGCUCAUGAGACUUGCUGGGUUUGAUAAGUAUAAGAUUCAACCAAAAGUUAAGCUUUCUUGGUCUGAAAUGCUCAAAUGUUACAAGGAUGUUAUGAAAAUGUUCUUUUUUAUUGUGGGUCCUUUGCAAUUGGUUUCUUAUCCUUCUAUUAAGAUGAUUGGGAUCAGAACAAGUUUGCCAUUGCCUUCAGGAUGGGAAAUUUUUCUGCAGCUGUUGGUAUAUUUUCUGGUGGAGGAUUAUACCAAUUAUUGGAUCCACAGAUUCCUUCAUGGAAAAUGGGGCUAUGAGAAAAUUCACAGUGUUCACCAUGAAUAUGCUGCUCCUAUUGGUUUUGCUGCUCCAUAUGCACACUGGGCUGAAAUCUUGAUCCUUGGAAUACCAUCUUUCCUUGGACCAGCAAUAGUUCCUGGACACAUGAUCACAUUUUGGUUGUGGAUCGCUUUACGGCAGAUUGAGGCCAUUGAGACGCACAGCGGGUAUGACUUCCCCUGGACUCCGACCAAAUAUAUUCCAUUUUAUGGUGGUGCAGAUUACCAUGAUUACCAUCAUUACGUCGGAGGACAAAGCCAGAGUAACUUUGCUUCAGUUUUCACAUACUGUGACUUUAUUUAUGGAACUGACAAGGGAUAUCGAUUCCAGAAGAAGGUAAUUAAGAAGUUGAAAGAGGGGUUGGAAAAUGGAGGUAAUCAGAAUGGAGGCUCAUACUACGAUUCUACACAAGAUCUUAAGUCUGACUAGCUGCGGAACUGCAGAAAGUUUUUCCAAUCAAUGUGCUUAGUGUACAUCUCAUGGAGGCGUUUCAUCUCAAGUUGACUCGAUCUGCUAGUCUGUUUAAUUUAGGAGUCUUUAGUAUUUCAGGUGGGAUUAACUGUCAUUCGUGUAGCAUGAGGGGAAUCUAGCUUUUCCAUGUUAAGUUUCAGAGUUUCGGGGCUUUUGCUAAUGAAGUUCUGUGGAUUGCUAUAUGAUGGUUUGUGAAUUUAAGUGUUGUUGUGUAGCUUUUGUUCAACAUCCAAAUAUAGAUGCAUAUUAUCAUGUUUCCUUA